AUGCACUCCACCUUCUCCAUCCUCGCUGUUGCCGGCCUGGCUUCCACUGCCGCCGCCCUCGACGCCCGCAACCUUGCCCGCAUUGGCAGCAUGGACAGCGACAUUGUCGCCCGCCAGGACAGCUCCGACAUGGCCAGCUGCGCCCAAGACGUCCUCAGCAUCCUGGGCAACAUCCCCACCGCCACCGCCCCCUUACUCUCCUACUUUGAGGCCGAGGCCACCGCCCUGGCCACCAUGACCGACCUUUGCUCCAUUCCGGCCGUCCCCGCGACGCUCACCUCGGCCUACUCGAGCUACCAGUCUGUUAUCCUCAGCUGGUACUCGUCCGACAGCUCGCAGAUCAACUCCGUCCUCACUGCCUGCUCCGACCUCCCGGGCCUCGAGUCCCUCGCGCCGCUCGUCACCAUGGGCCAACAGGCCGCCAGCAGCUGCUUCCCUGGCAGCAGCUCCUCCGCCUCCGUCACCAAGACCGGAGGUGCUACCACCAGCACCACCAGCAGCAACACCGCCCCCACCACUCCUGCUUCCACCACUCCUCCUGCGACGCCUGCCGCCGCGCCCCGCGCCACUGCCGGUGCCGUCAUGGCCGCCGCCGGUCUCAUUGGCGCCGCUAUCCUCAUGUAA